UUACGGUUAUACGGCUAUGUUCACAGCGUUAUUAGGUGCAGGCGCUAACAUACAUUACGUGAACGGUUAUGGCAGGACCGCAGCAAUAGAAGCAGCUGCUAGAGGGCAUACAGAUAUUGUCACAGCGUUAUUAGGUGCGGGCGCUAACAUAGAACACGUGGACCGUGAUGGCAACACAGCAGUAAUGAAAGCAGCUGGUUGCGGUCAUACGGCUAUUGUCACAGCGUUAUUAGGUGCGGGCGCUAACAUAGAUCACGCGAACAAUUAUGGCUGGACCGCAGUAACCUCAGCAGCUGUUGAGGGUCAUACAGAUAUGGUCACAGCAUUAUUAGGUGCGGGCGCUAACAUAGAACCCGCGGAUAAUGAUGGCGACAGAGCAGUAAUGGGAGCGGCUGCUAAGGGUCAUACGGCUAUAGUCACAGCGUUAUUAGGUGCGGGCGCUAACACAGAAUACGUGUGCAAUGAUGGCGACACAGCAGUAAUAGCAGCAGCUCGUUACGGUCAUACGGCUAUUGUCACAGCGUUAUUAGGUGCAGGUGCUAACAUAGAACACGCGAACGUGAUUUGCGAAACCCCAGUAACGCUGGCAGCUUCUUUCGGUCAUACAGAAACGGUCACAGUGUUAUUAUGUGCGGGCCCUAAUUUAGAACACGCAAACCUGAAUGGCAGCACUGCAGUAAUGCAAGCAGCUGGUAACGGGCAUACGGAUACGGUCACAGCGUUAUUAGAUGCGGGCGCUAACAUAGAACACGCGGACGUGAAUGGCAUGACGGCGUUGAUGCAUGCUGCCAGUAGCGGUCAUACAUCGUGUGUCAUGAAGCUACUAGCAGCAGGAGCGAGUGCGGAGGAGAGUCGCAGUAACAAUGGCAGGACGGUGUUGGUGUGGGCUGCCGACGGCGGUCACGCAAGCAUUGUGACGGAAUUAUUGAAUAAAAUAAAGGCGUGGCAUCCUGAGGACGUGCAAACAGCGUACCAGGCGGCCGUAGAUCGCGCCCUUGAGAUCACUAUCAACGACGGCUAUAGAGAAUCC